AUGAUUUGGAGUGAAUUCAUCCAUCGAGUAAUCUUCUUUUCUCUUAUUGGGCUUGGAAUCUUAGGAAACAUCCUUAUAUUUGUGAGACAUGUACAUACAUUUAUCAUGGGCUCUGAGAAAAAGCCUGUGGACCUUAUCUUCAUUCAGCUGGCGUUUUCAAACAUAAUCAUUAUCUGUACUUCAGGGGUCAGGUAUAUAGUCACAGAACUUGAGGUCAAAAAUGUUGUGGGCGAUGCAAGCUGUAAAACUGUGGUUUAUAUGGGAAGGGUGGCCCGGGGCCUCUCCAUCUGUACUACAUGUCUCCUCAGCAUGGUCCAGGCUGUCACCAUCAGUCCUAGAACUUCCUUGUGGAGAAAGCUCAAACCACAGACAAUGUGGCAAGUUCUUCCCUGUCUCCUCCUCCUUUGGAUCUUUAAUGUUCUCAUAAGCUCCAAUUUGCUUCAUCUUAUCACAGCAGGCAGCAGUUUGAAUAGAUCUAGAGCUGGUGUGCAUGACAUGUAUUGUUAUAUGCUGCCAUCUAGGUACAUAGUUAAGUGGUUUUUCCUCUCUCUCAUGGCUCUUCGUGAUGUCAUCUUUCAGAGUCUCAUGGGCUGGAGCAGUGGGUACAUGGCUGUCCACCUGUAUAAACAUCACAAGAGUGUUCUCUACCUUCACAGCUCCAGGUUUGCAAAUAGUGCCAGUCCAGAAAUCAGAGCAACAUGGAGUGUUCUCAUUCUUAUGACCUGUUUCCUCUUCUAUUACUUGGGGGACUUCAUUUUAUCCUUCUAUGUUGGUUCUGUCUUGACUCUUGACUCCAUGAUACUAAGUAUUAAAAUAUUUCUAGUAAUUGGCUAUGCUGCUCUAAGCCCCUUUGUCCUGCUAAUAAAGGAUUUCCAUCUGAUUAGUUGCUGA